UGUUAAACCCCUCCUGAUUGACACACAAUCCGACCAAUCACAGUGAAGCACCGGAGCGAGUCAGCCAAUCACAGUCAUCUUCAGUGGGUUAGCUUGUUCUCCGGUUGAACGACAUCUCUGUCAGUAAAUCAUGGCGUCCGGCGCUCUCUUCCCCAGCAUGGUGUCUGGUUCUCGCGGUUCCUCCAGUAAGUACCUGGUGGAGUUCCGGGCGGGGAAGAUGACGAUGAAGGGCAGCACGGUGACGCCGGACAAGAGGAAGGGUCAGGUGUACAUCCAGCAGACCGACGACUCGCUCAUCCACUUCUGCUGGAAGGACCGGACCACCGGCAACGUGGACGACGACCUGAUCAUCUUCCCGGACGACUGUGAGUUUAAGCGUGUGAGCCAGUGCACCACAGGACGGGUGUUCGUACUGAAGUUCAAAGCUGGAUCCAAGAGACUCUUCUUCUGGAUGCAGGAGCCGAAGAGUGAGAAGGACGAGGAGCACUGCAGGAAAGUGAACGAGUAUCUCAACAACCCCCCCAUGCCGGGCGCUCUGGGCAGCGGGGGUGGUGGGGGGCACGACCUGUCCGCUCUGGGAGGUGAGGGCGGUCUGCAAAGCCUUCUGGGUAAUAUGAGCCACAACCAGCUGAUGCAGCUCAUCGGACCGACCGGACUGGGUGGGAUCGGGGGCCUCGGGGCCCUCGCUGGCCCAGGAUUGGCUAACCUGCUGGGCAGCAGCAGCAGCAGCAGCAGCAGCAGCAGCAGCAGCGUCCCUGCAGCCAGCAACUCCUCCACCAGCCCGUCCACAGCCGUCACCCCCACCUCCACCUCUGCUGCCAGCCGCCUCGGCUCCUCCCAGGUUCCCACCACCCCCAUCACCCCCUCCAACACCUCAGCCGCCUCCCCCACCGCUUCCUCCCCCUCCACCCCUGCUGCAGCCUCAGGGGCCGCCGGGACCCCCAACCCGUCGCAGCCCAUCCAGCUGAGGGACCUGCAGAGCAUCCUGGCCACCAUGAAUGUCCCGGCCGGCGGACAGGUGGACCUGGCCAGCGUGCUCACCCCGGAGGUCAUGGCUCCCAUCCUGUCUCACCCCGAGGUGCAGCAGCGCCUCACUCCGUUCCUGCCGUCCGGAGAGUCCCUGCCACAGAGCAGCGAGGAGCUGAGCAACACGCUCAGCUCGCCUCAGUUCCAGCAGGCGAUGAGUAUGUUCAGCAGCGCUCUGGCCUCGGGUCAGUUAGGUCCUCUGAUGAAUCAGUUUGGUCUGCCGGCAGAAGCCGUCGACGCCGCCAACAAAGGAGACGUCGAAGCCUUCGCCAAAGCCAUGGAGACGGAGACAAAGUCGGAGCAGGACGGUGACGCCAAGGACAAGAAGGACGACGACGAGGACAUGAGUCUGGACUGAGAAUUUAAUAUUUCACUUAUUUAUUUUGCUGCUGCGGAUGGUUUGUAACUAUGAAACACUAAGGAUAAAGUACUAAGAGUAUGGUUAAUAUAACCCCCCCCCCCCUCCCCCCGGCCUGCAUGAAUAUAAACUGAUCAUGUUUUAAAGCUGCAUGUCUUCUGACGCAAGAAAUACUGAGAAAUAAACUCGACUGCUGUGUU